CGACAAUGCGCAUGUGCAGAAGCUUCGACACGUGGUUGGUGUAAACCACGCAUGCAGACUGAAGCAGCGUUUCAGAAAUGGCGGCCGGGGAUGGCUUUUCUUCGCUGCAGCUCCCUUGCGUUUUUUCACCAAAAUCACGGCAAUACCUCGCAGUGUGUGCCCAGGACGGCAGACUUCGCAUUUGGAACACAGACAGUAAAACACUUCACCAAGAAUACGUACCUUCAGCUCAUUUGAGUGCCACUUGUACAUGCAUACACUGGGGACCAUGCCGGACAGUGAAGGAGGGACCUCAGAGGAAGAAGAGGAAAUCAGAGGUGGGGCAGAUGGAGGAGAAGGCAGACCUGUUGGCGAUGGGCACGGCAGCAGGAUCAGUGCUCAUUUACAGUACAGCUAAGGGAGCGCUGCAGUGUACCCUGGAUGGAGGCCAUAGUGGAGGAGUGAAUUGUGUCCAUUGGCACCCUGAAGACAGUUUAUUGUAUAGUGGCUCAGAUGAUACAAAUAUUGUGGAGUGGGACCUGCAGACAGGCAAGACACGGAGUAAAUGGAAGGCAGACCGUGCUGCAGUGACCAGUUUGUGUGUGAGUCCAGAUGGUAAAUUGCUGCUUUCAGCCGGACAGACCAUCAAGAUGUGGGACUUGGACACCAAGGAAGUUUACAGAAAAUUUACCGGCCACUCCACAGCUGUGACAACCCUGUGCUUUGCCACAACGCGGCCCCCUGAGACCGGUGGCCUCUAUAUUCUGUCUGGUGCUGCUCACGAUCGACUGCUCAGUGUUUGGCAAGUACGUGAAGAUGGAAAGGACAAAAACGCUGUUGUGUCAUUCACACUCACAGAUGAACCUAAACACAUCGAUCUCGUCACAUCUAAAAGCAAGGAAGAGGCCGUGAGGUUCACAGUGGUGUGUAAAGAUGGACAGAUGCAUCUUUUUGAGCACUUUCUAAAUGGUCCCUGUAAGAAGCCUCUGUUACCUACGUGCACGGUGCAGAUGUCUGACACCCAAGACUCCCCAAUGCCAAUCCCCCUCCUCUCUGCUACCCUGGGUCCUGAUGCGCGAACUGUGAUGCUCGCUUAUGGCAACUAUCUACAGCCUGUAAUGGAAAAAGUGGAUAUCAACACAGAAGAAAGAGACAUCUGUUUGACUCGCAAUGUUCAGACUGCACUGUCCCUUUCAAUCGCUUCUACAGUUUCCAAGGUGAAAACCCCAAUUGUCAAUGCUAAAAGCACAGUGCUGGUCCCCGGGCUUCCUGGUCAUCAAGCCCCACUUAAGGGAACUUUACUGGCAACAGAAAAAAGGAAAAAAGACUCGGACACAAAAGAGAUGUCAAUUGCUGAGCGACUUGGAGAAAUUGUUCUUCAGUCUGCCACUUCAACUGUGAAGGGAAGGCCAAAGGGGAGGCCCUCUUUAGAGAUGGACAAUUUUGCCGUACUUCUGGUGCAGGGGCUUGAGAGCAGCGACUGCAAUAUCCUAAAUAAAGUUUUUCAAACGCAUAAAGAUAUAUUGAUAAAGAAAACUGUUGCCCGGUUACCCCUGCCAGCAGUUUUACCACUGAUGGAAGAGAUAACCAGGAGGCUCCAAGGGCACCCUUAUUCGGCUUUUCUAAUGGUUCGGUGGCUCAAAGCGGUCCUCUUACACCACACGUCAUACCUGUCAUCAUUGCCUGACCUGGUUUCCCAACUGGGAGUGCUUUAUCACAUGAUUGAGAGCAGAGUGAAGAUGUUCCACAAGCUGACCAAGUUAAAUGGAAAACUGUCCCUCCUUGUUAUACAGGAGGCGACAGGGACUAAACGCAACAUUGCAUCUGAGGUUGACCACAAGGCCAAGUUGGUGUACGAAGAGGAAUCUUCGGAUGAAGAUGAGUCCUCUGGGGAUGAAGGGCGUCCUGAUGAAGACUCUGAUAACUGGGAGGAAGAAGCAAUGGGCGAUCAGAAGGAAGAGCAAAUGGACGAGGAUGAGGAGGAUCCCAAAGGCAGGACAGAUUCCAAAGCAAACGGAGAGGAAGACAUGGAGCGUGGAAACGGGAGUGAAGAAGAAUGACGACAAGUAAUACAAAAUGGACCUGAAAGAGUUAUAUAUACUUUCAUUUUAUUUUCUUGCAUUUGAUUUUAUUAUGAGAACAAAAUAUGGUUUUACAAAAUCAAGGAACACAUUGGAAAUGAAACAGUUUGGCUUCUGCCUUGUCAGCUGUUCUGCCAUCGAUGGUGAACCUCUGAGGAAAAGACUCAUGCUGAGGAGGAAGUGGAAGGGGGCAGACUGUGACUCUGAAUUAUAAUGCAAGUUGUCAGUUUUAGCCUGUAUCCCAGUUCUUCAUGACCAGAUGAGUUUGCAUUGAUAAUGACUCAAAACAAUUAUUUGGAGAUUUUUUUCCAAUUUAGAGUCUAUAUUUCAAAUGUGGUCAUCUCUUCAAUAGACAAUAUUGUGCUGCUGUACAGCAGACUGGUUGGUAUCUUCUGAUUGGUUGACAAUUCCUAACGUAUGUCGCCUAAAUUGCGCAUGGUUCUUGUACAGAAUACAGCUCAUGGACGUGCUCAGUGAGACCAUACAAAAUGUCCCAACACACAAUGUAAAUCUUUAUGUACAGUGAAGUGUUUGUAUGAGCUCUUCUCUCUACACGUAUCACCCUGAAGUCCCUGGGAUUAAACCAACUCCUGUAAGUAA